CAUCAGAGCUGGUAUGUAACCCACCCAGUCCUGCCUCUGAGGUGCCACACGGCUCCCUCCACGCGUUUAGGCUGGGGAUAGCAGCAAGAAGAAGAAGCAGCAGCAUCAGCAGCAGCAUCAGCGAGAGACGGAGAGAGAGUCAGGGCGGCAGGAGAGGAGAGAGAGGUGUGAGAGCAGAACGCAGCGCCUCGCCUGCACAAGCAUCCGUGCAGGGCGUGUGGUGGAUGUGAUGCCCACCCGGAGAGAGAUGGUGUAAACAAACCCGCUUUGCCCCGUCACUGAGCUCCACCACGGAGGUUGCCACAAUGUUGAGCCGUCUGUUCAGCGAGGUGCUGCCGGACGUCCAGAGGCUCGCGGCUGACUGGGUGGAGGACAAUGAGAACGAGGAGUGCAAGGACAAGGAGAACGAGCACGAGCCCUGUCACCUCGGCGAGGACGAGCUGGACGAGCCGCUGGAAGGCAGCAGCCGGGCGGAGUCCGAGAUGGCCGGAGACGACGAGGACGACGACGAGGCCGAGGAAGAGGAGUGCGGGGAUGAGAACAGCGGAGACAAGCCCAAGAAGCGCGGCCCAAAGAAACGGAAGAUGACCGCCGCUCGCGUGGAGCGCUCCAAGGUGCGUCGGCUCAAAGCGAACGCGCGGGAACGCACGCGCAUGCACGAUUUGAAUUCCGCGCUGGACAACCUGCGCAAAGUGGUGCCGUGCUACUCCAAAACCCAGAAACUCUCCAAGAUAGAGACUCUGAGGCUGGCUAAGAAUUAUAUAUUGGCCCUUGGGGAGAUUUUACGCAACGGAAAGCGUCCAGAUGUGGUGACCUACGUGCAGAUGUUGUGUAAAGGCCUGUCCCAGCCCACCACCAACCUGGUGGCAGGCUGCCUGCAGCUCAACACCAGGAACUUCCUGACUGAACAGUGCCCAGACGGAGCCCGCUUCCACAUGCCGAACUCUCCUUUCUCGGUGCAUCCCUACCCCUACCGCUGCUCCCGCCUCUCCAGUCCGCACUACCAGCCCGGAGCCGGUGGGCUCAACCUGCGGAGCCACUCCUACGGCUCCGGGUACGAGGCCGUGUACCCUCCGGGCGGCACGUCUCCCGACUACAGCAGCCCGGACUACGAAGGCCAGCACAGCCCGCCCGUCUGCCUGAACGGCGGCCUGUCCGGGAGGCAGCAGGAGUCCUCGGAGACAGACAGGAACUAUCAUUACUCUAUGCAUUACUCCGGACUGACCACGUCUCGACCCAGCCACAGCCUAUCUUUUGGGCCCUCGGGAGCGCGCAGCGGUGGUGCGCACUCUGAAAACAUUCCACCUUUCCACGACGUGCACUUGCACCACGACAGGGCGCCGCCAUAUGAGGAUCUCAAUGCUUUUUUCCACAACUGAGCCCAUCCAGUGGACCAAUCAGGCUUACUGACUAUAAUGACAAUCCUCUAAUAAAGUUUGGGAAACAAGACGAGCUCCUGGAGGGAAAAGAGAUGGAAGUGGCAGAGAGAGUCUUCUGAUUAACUUCUGUAUUCUACUGAUGUCACCCCUAUACUGUUGUACAUCCGAUCAAAGUGUGUCCAGUAUUAUCCUGUAUGCAGAAUGAGUGCAAUUGACAUAAACAAUGUAUAGGCCAACGAGAAACAUGUUAUGACACAAACAACAGAAAUAAAAAAGUGUUUUAUAAUUGUCUGAAAUGAUCGAACAAAUCUUCAUUUGAACAUUCACUCAGUGACGGUUGCUUUCGUGGCAUAAAAUCGAAACUUGAGAAAGGUUUACAAAUAAAAACCUUGUCUGGAUAAAAAUCA